AUGAAUAGCGGCUCUAUUGCUUGUUGGAUCAGCCAUCGAUUUGUUGCCAAAUAUCUGCACGUUAAUUCUCCAUCGUCUCGCCUUUUUCUUUUCGCCAAGUCGAUGUCGUAUUUAAUUUCACCUUUGCACCUAAAUGCAUUUACCACUGGUGAAAGUGCCCGAUUGACUAAAGGGGCUUUCUAUCUCAGGACUCGGUGUAGAUGGCUCCCGUUUACAUACCAUUUUUCAUGUUUCAAUUACGUAAACAUUGCAUGCAAUAUGUUCCUCUUUCAGCCAGUUCCCAGUUUGCCACUGUCAGGACAUGUAUGUAAAUCAUCCAAAGCAUUAAGUCGAGAACAGCCCCCUCAUGCACCGUCAACGUCGCUAGCGUGGCGAGACCCUUUUACUUCUGUGACCCCCCCUUUUCUAUUUACAACGGACAAUCAGCCGCUCAUCAUAUUUAUAUUGAUAGCACAUUUUAGUACCGUUGCUAGGUUCGUAGGGACAUUCUUUGCUUUUCGGUGUACGGUAUAUACAAACAUAUAUAUAUAUAUAUAUAUAUUUGCACAAUACCCAAUGUAUGUGGACUUUUUUGAGUUCAGUUCAUACGGAUGA